UCACAUUGCUCGCAUGCUGGACUCUUAGAAAUAAAAGUGCUCUAAUAUACCUACAUCUUUUUUUCCCACAUUUCCUCAAGGGUGGGGCUGUUCCACGCAUGCACUGUCCUUUGAUUUCCCGGCUUUAGUCACGCUGCCCCCACCUGCAAGUGGAUUCCUCUCAAGGCGGUGGCCGUGCAGGAGAGAAGAAGCUUUUUUUCGUGUGUAACAGCAACACCGCCUGCAAUUAAGACAUGUCGACCACGGGCGGAAUUUUCACCAAUAUGGGCUCCGACAGCCCAGCCAGGCCCAGGCAGCAGUUCUGUGGCAUGUUCUGCCCGGUGGAGGGCUCCUUGCUGGACGGCAAGACUUUGGACUUGGAUGCGCUCUCGGCGUGCAGAGGCAAGCGAGACAGUCGAGUCAUUGACCGGCAGAGCGACAUCUCCCAGCCCAAGAAGGUGGAGAUCAGGGAGAGCACAGGGAAGGAGGCUCUGCAGAACCUGGAUGACAAAAAGAGCGACCGUCUCCUUAUCAAAGGAGCAAAGAUCGUUAAUGAUGACCAGUCUUUCUGCGCUGACAUUUACAUGGAGGAUGGAGUCAUCAAACAAAUUGGAGAAAACCUUAUUGUGCCCGGCGGGGUCAAAACCAUCGACGCCCACGGCCGCAUGUUGAUGCCAGGCGGGAUCGAUGUGCACACACGCUUCCAGAUGCCAGAUCGAGGCAUGACGUCUGCUGAUGACUUCUACCAGGGAACCAAAGCAGCGCUGGCAGGAGGCACCACCAUGAUCAUCGACCACGUGGUGCCCGAGCCAGGCGUUAGUCUCAUCUCGGCCUUUGAGCAGUGGCGUGACUGGGCUGACAGCAAGUCCUGCUGCGACUACUCUCUGCAUGUGGACAUCACUGAGUGGCACAGAGGCAUGCAGGAGGAGAUGGAGGCGCUUGUCAAGGAUCAUGGUGUCAACUCCUUCCUGGUCUAUCUGGCUUAUAAGGAUCUUUUCCAGCUAACUGACACCCAGGUGUACGAGGUGUUUAGUGUGAUCCGUGAUCUUGGAGCCAUUGCUCAGGUGCAUGCUGAAAAUGGGGACAUUGUUGCUGAGGAACAGCGUAGGAUCCUGGAGCAAGGCAUCACUGGUCCUGAGGGACAUGUGUUGAGCCGUCCUGAGGAGGUGGAGGCCGAGGCUGUAAACCGCUCUGUGACUGUGGCCAAUCAGACCAACUGCCCUCUGUACAUCACCAAGGUGAUGAGCAAGACUGCUGCUGAUGUCAUCGCUCAAGCCAGGAAGAAGGGCACUGUGGUCUAUGGAGAACCAAUCACUGCAAGCCUGGGAACAGACGGCUCCCACUACUGGAGCAAGAACUGGGCCAAGGCAGCAGCUUACAUCACCUCCCCUCCACUGAGCCCUGACCCAACCACACCGGACUAUCUCAACUCCCUGCUCUCCUGUGGUGACCUGCAGGUGACAGGAAGUGCACAUUGUCCCUUCGACACCGCUCAACGUGCAGUGGGCAAAGAUGACUUCAGCUUGAUUCCCGAAGGUGUCAAUGGGACAGAGGAGAGGAUGUCCAUUAUCUGGGACAAAUGUGUGGUAACCGGAAAAAUGGACGAAAACCAAUUUGUGGCGGUGACCAGCACCAACGCGGCCAAGAUCUUCAACCUGUAUCCCCGCAAGGGUCGUAUUGCUGUAGGUUCUGAUGCUGAUCUGGUGCUGUGGGACCCUGAUGUCACAAAGAUCAUCUCCGCCAAGAACCACAACUCGACGGUGGAGUAUAACAUCUUUGAAGGGACAGAAGUGCGUGGCGGGCCUCUGGUGGUGAUCAGCCAGGGCAAGAUCGUCUUGGAGGAAGGAAACCUCCACACCACGGAAGGUUCUGGACGUUUUGUGGGCCGCAAACCUUUCCCUGACUACGUCUACAAGAGGAUAAAAGCUCGCAGCAGGCUGGCGGAGCUGAGGGGCGUACCGAGAGGGCUGUAUGAUGGUCCGGUGUGUGAGGUAUCAGUCACCCCUAAAGCUAUGACCCCUGCCUCCUCUGCCAAGACGUCACCGGCGAAGCAGCCAAACCAGCCGGUCCGGAACCUGCAUCAGUCAGGCUUCAGCCUGUCUGGCGCUCAGAUCGAUGACAACAUUCCUCGCCGGAACACCCAGCGCAUUGUGGCGCCCCCGGGUGGCAAGGCUAACAUCACCAGCCUGGGUUAGAGCGUUGCCCUCCGAUUGCUGUGAGGGGGAGGAGGAAGUGCUGGUUCUGAGGAGGGACACUCGACAGGUUCCAUGCCGCGAGCCCUUCCCAACACCUGACCGGGCCUUUCUUCAGCCGUGAUAUUUAACUCCUCCACCUCUUGUUUUCUUCGCAUUCCCACUCUCCUUUUCCCCUCCAAACAAAAAAGGUCUGCCUCACAUGAUGGAAAAAAAAACAACACUCAUUUGUGCACUUUUGAUUUUGUUUUUGUAUUUCCGUUUCAUUCUUCCAGCCUGCCAUUGGAUAGACUGAUUUAAUAGCAGAGAUGAUUGGGUUACGCUAGUGCAAAAGCUCAAAUGUAUUCUUUUAUUUUGCUUCAUCACCACCCAACACUCCAAUCCAUAAUCCAACAAGAGGGCGGCCUUAAGGUUCUUCACUCUCGCUCUCCUAAAACCAUAUUUGGAAACUUCCUGAAAAGCUUUAUGCCUCAUGUCUGCAUGUUUUUGGCCAUGACCAAGCAGGAAGAAGGUUAAUUAAGGGAAAUAAAAUGCCUUACUGUCGCUCCAUAUCGUCCAUUUCACACAGCAGCUAUAGAAUUUCCAAACUUAACCUGCAGUUGAAGCCGUCCGUCACCGAGCAGUGCAUUUACACACAGAAUGUUUCCUGUAUAAGCCCUCUUUCUUUUCUUGCUCUUUAUGUGCCUGAAGCCACAGAAGGUGUAUACAUAGUGGAGAUGUUGUUCUUUAAGCGAAGGAUGUAAGAUAAAACGAUGUAAAAUAGCCAGGAUAAACCGAUUCAAAGGUGCCAGAUUUUGUGUUUUCUUUUUUGGGCCUACAGUGCCAGUAGAGCCCCUGUAAAGAUGAAAAAAAAGCUCACUUUUUUUGUUGUCAGAUUAGUGUCAACUUGUAACUACUUGCUGAACGGCUGAGCAGAUGUUGUUUUGCGCUUGAAAAGAGGCAGCGAGCUGAUGUUUCGUACUGUACGUGUUACUCGUGUGCAGUGUUGAUGUUGGAGGGAUGGACCCACGCAGCACUCCUUACAUACCAUUUCCUUUUUAUGCAUGAUCUGCUUUUCAUUACCACAAGCAAUUGAUGCUUCUCUGACUCCGACCGCCACUUUUCUUUUUUUUUACCUUAGCAAAAGACCAGCUCCCUGUUUGAUAAAACAUAACCAGAUUUAAUAUUCUUCAACAAGCCCAUAUUGGAUUGUGUAAUUAUUUGCAGCACCAGAAUGUCCCAUUUGUAACAAUGAUAAUUCAGUUUGUAUUCCAUGUAGCAACAAGGCGAUGUGACAAAUGUGUUGAAAGUUGUGACUGGAGGAUGAUGGGAAAUGGAAACUUGUGGAUCAUCUUCAGUAUCAUUAUUAUCUUUGUCUCACAUUUCACAAUAUGCUGCACUUGGUGACUAAUGAACAAUGUUUCCCUUUCAGUUUUGUGCAAAUGUGCAUGUUUUUCCAUUGUCUAACCAAAAUAGCUGAUCCCCACCACGCUCCAACCGCAGUGGGCGGAGCGAGACGGUCUGUUGAUUGAGGUAUCCUAGCUUGUCGUGCUGCUGUGAUGUCUAUUUAAACAGCUGACAUGAGGGGUUUACCAUUACAAACAGUACCGUGCUCAAGAGAUGCCCCGUUAUUCCCUUCCUUUCAAUGUUUGAAGCUGUUGCUAUGGCGACAGCUCUUCACUCUCAUGAGCUGCUGCUUGUGUUUGUCAUGGCCAUACACACACAAAAAAAAUCUCGUCCCUCCUUGCACUCACACCCACAAAACUGUACUUUUUGAAAAGGCCCCGUCAGCCCCUAGUGCUUAUACUAUGCUAAUUAUGCUAAUGAAACGCGAGUGAUAUGUAUGGUCGCUGUGUGCUGCAGACUGAGAGGAGAUGCUGUUCUUGUUCUACACUGCCUUGCUCCUAAACCCACUAUAGUACCCCUUUCCCCUUUGUGAAAGUUAUACUGUGUGAUGGUUUUUGUCCCGGUGGCUGUGAGGAUUUUGGGAUGCUUGCUCGAUAUGGGAACAAAAAAAGUGUCAAAUUCAGUGGUUGGUGAAGUUUAAAAAAUACCAAGGACUUCAAAGAAUUAAAAAAACAUGUAAAAAUGAUUGAAUGGCUGUUUCUUUAAUGUGCGAGCACUAUAUGUAUGUUAUGUUGUGUUCCAUCCAUCCAUCUAGACCCUGAUUCACUGAAAAGACAACGACACUUGCCAGAGGCUUUUACUCCUUAUUUUACUGUGAGGCAUGACAAACAGUGAAUAAUAUGUAUAAUCACUGAAAUACAUGUGUUUACUACAACUACAGGUCAGGGUUCUGUCCACACUCAUCCAAUCAUGCUUUCAUGGAACUUUGUGCACUUGUGUAGAAUCCUUAUGGAACCGUUAAGGAUACUCACAAAACUGGAGGCAUAGAAUUACGGCAAAUGAAGAAAUUAAAAUCUUUCCCACGCGGUGAUGUGUGAAUGGUUGUCUAUAGUCUUAUUCAAGUGUUGUGAUUGACGACCAGUCUUAAGGUACACAGGAAAUGUGACACUAACCGCAUCCUGACUGAUCGCAUGCGUGAUGCGGAGAGAACGCAUCAACAGCUCAUCGCUGACGUCAGAUGGAAAGCUCUCGCGCAGUCCACUCGGUCAUCAGCUGCGCCAGCUUCUGCGCCACUUCGUAAAAACGUAUCUGAACAAACAUCAGGCUGUAGGCUAGACCAGGGGUGUCCAAACUUUUUCCAGCGAGGGCCACAUACUGAAAAAUGAAAGGAUGCAAGGGCCACUUUGAUAUUUAGGAAACCAACACGUAGAGAUAUGCUAAGAAGCUAUACUACUAUAGCUAUAUUACAAAGGUGAAAUGCUACUAAACAUGACGUGUAAUACGAGUUUAUUCUUGUAAAAUUGUGACGUUUUAGGACUUUUUUCUUAAUAUUUUGACUUUAUUGUCAUAAAAUUACAGCUGUUUUUUUUAUUUCUUUGUUUCAACAGUGUUACCAAAAUGAUAUUUUUUCUCAUUUUACAAGUUGAUUCUCAUAAAAUUGCAACUUUUUUCUCAUUAGAAAUGUGUUUUUUUUUCUCUUAACAUUUUGACUUUACUCUGGUCACAUUUCUGCUGUGGAUUUUUUCUGUAUAAUUUUCCAAAUAUUUCAACUUUCUUUCAAACAUUUUGACUUUAUUCCCAUGUUAUAAGUUUUCCCCCAACC